UGCUGUGAUGCCCUUCGAUGUUCUGGGCCGCACGCGCGCUACACUGACAGAGCCAACGAGUUCAUCACCUUGGCCGAAAGGUCUGGGUAAUCUUGUUAAACUCUGUCGUGCUGGGGAUCGGGCAUUGCAAUUAUUGCCCGUCAACGAGGAAUGCCUAGUAAGCGCGUGUCAUCAGCAUGCGUUGAUUACGUCCCUGCCCUUUGUACACACCGCCCGUCGCUACUACCGAUUGAAUGGCUCAGUGAGGCCUUCGGAGUGACCGAGGGACAUUGGCGACAAUGACCCAUGGUCGCAAAGUUGGUCAAACUCGGUCAUUUAGAGGAAGUAAAAGUCGUAACAAGGU